AUGCGCGGUGUAAUCUCGCACGGAGAACUGUGGUUGGCUCACAUAUCAGCUGAGCUGUCUCUGCGUAUUUGCCAUAUUUGCCAGAACAUAAGGAUCUUUAACAGCGACUUCACAGGAAAAAGAGGAACCUUGGACAGUGGUGGUGAACGACGACAAAGCGUUGAGAAAAAUAGAUUUAGUUUGGAUUAUCAUUGCUGGGAGGACAAUGAGUGCCUUAACUACUAUGGCCUGCUGUCUCUUCACGAGGCUGGACAGUGGAACCCAGUGAGGAUGAUCCUAAUGAUGCUGGCGUGUCCCCUAGUCCUCAGCUGUGGCCUUGAGUUAUUGUUGGAGCUGGAAAACAGAGGAUACAUCAGUGAGGGCAACCUGGAACCACUACUGCAGCUGCUGCGAGUCCUGACCCGCCAUGACCUGCUACCCUUUGUGUCCCACAAGAAAAGAAGGACAGUUUCUCCAGAGAGAAUCCGACACUGGCGUGCAGAAGAGCAGAGAGAGCUGCUGAUCUGCUCUGGAAUGCCUCAAACCUGCAGAACCUCUGAAAUACCUCUUUCAUCUUUCACUCAACAGGGAAGAUCAGGGAUGUACUCUCCUGUGCCUGAUGCUCCUGCCAGGAAACGGAGGAGGAGGGGGAACGGUUGGUCCCGGAAGCCCAAAAAAACCAUCAAACCGAGCCAGCCUCAACCCCUACCGGCCCCACAGAGCGUCUCCUGUGAUGUUCGGCUGCGUGUGCGGGCAGAAUACCUGGAGCACGAGUCUGCGUUGCGUAAUGGUGUCUCUUCAGACAAGCGGCAGCCUCUGGAGCGGCAGUUUGAGCUCUUCAGUCAGGCAAACUCUGUGUUGAGGUCCAGGAACCUGGGCUCCAUUGUGUGCGACAUCAAGUUCACAGAGCUGGACAACCUGCAGGCCUUCUGGGCAGACUACCUGAGCGGGGCCCUGCUGGAGGCACUCAAAGGGGUGUUCAUCACAGACUCCCUGAGGAGCGCAGCAGGGAGCGAGGCUGUGCGGCUGCUCAUCAGUGUGGACCAGGAUGACUACGAGGAGGGCCGCCGUCUGCUGCAGGCCAGUAAAGAGCUGCAUUCAGGGCAGGCUCUGCACACACACACACAAUGGACUUUGUAG